AAAAUAAGAUAUAGGAAAAAAAUAAUAAUUUGUUAAAGGAUUAGUAUCUCUAAAAUGGAAAUGUAAAUCUAUAAAUGUAAGGCUUUUUGUAAUGCAAACCACGAAAUGACCAAUUUCAUAGGCUAUAAACAGGGUGCUUUUUGUAGAAGCUGCAAUUAAUCUUUUAAUUGUUUAUAUGGUUGUGCUGAAUGCAACACUUGUAACGAAUAAAUGUGUGAAAAAUGUUUUGAGCAAAAAAAGCAAGCCUUUUGUGAUAAAGGGCAUUCUUGCAAAUUUUAUGCUCCUUUGACAGGACCAGACUCAGUUACAUGCCAAACAUGUCAUAAAGUACCUUCACAAAACAAUGAUGUGUAUUAUGUUUGUGAGCUAUGUCCUAAAUAAAUUUGCUAAACUUGUGUUUUUAGAACUCAUUAACUUAAAAUGGGUUUUUAACCAACUCCUUAAUAGCUAAUAGGUUUGUAUCAAUAAUAGUAAGCAGGAUUUUAGUAAUAAUAAUAAUUUUUCUAGCAAAAUUAAUAAUUUUGA